AUGCUGCUGAAUAAUGAUAUCAUAUCCUUAAUUACAAGUACAUUAUCGUUACAUUGGAAUAAGCCUGUCAAUGAAGGUUUUACUGAUACACUCAUCAAGUUUUAUUUGAAGAAUAAUUCUUUAUCUGCAUUUCUCAUAUAUACAAAAGCGUUGGGGUUUCCUAGUGAACAUGAUGAAAGCCUAGGAAAGGAGAUUUACAAAUUGAUUAAUGACAACAUAAGCACAAUUGAACGUUUAAUGAAAGUUAGGGCAAAGAGUGAUAAUGGUACUAUGCAUAAACGACCUAAUAAUAGUUUGGAAAAGAAGAAAAACGACAAGAACACUAAAAAACCAAAACUUGCAUUGUCUUUUGACAACGAUGAAGAUCUAGAAGAAGAAUUAAACAAUCUAGACCCAAAUCCAAAGGUUAAUUUAGGUAAAAAUAACUUUAAAAGGAUACGAUCUAACAAUACAUCUCCGUACGAUGAUGACAGGUUUAUUGAUGAUUCCUUAGAAUUGAGUUUAGAACACGAAAAUAAGGCAACAAACGGACCAAAAUUUAAAUUCAAAAAAAUAAAGAAAGAAGAUGCAUUAAGAAUAAAAGAAGAUGAGAUACAUCCUCCAACAAAGGCAGCGUCCAAGGACGAUUCUAAGGAACCCAAUGAAAAGGCUAAAGUGCCAAACAUGACUAAAGAUCAUAAUGCAAAGCUUUCACUUUCAGAGUUAGCGAAUUUGGAAAAACAACUGAAAUUUGAUACAAUCAAAGAAGCCAUACCUCUAGAUACAUUUUCUGACCAUGAUAGUGAUUUAGAAAAUGAUAGAGAAUGGUAUACAAUAGAUGAGCUCGAUCAUAAUCACGACGAUUUUGAGGAGGAAAAUUUCACUGCAACAACAAAGAAAGUAUCUAAUAAUAAGAGAUCUAAAGAAUUUACAAAACAUGAUAGUACGGGGGGAGCAUUUGACGAUAUAACUGGAGAAUAUUAUGACUAUGACCAUGACCAGGAUCAGGCACAGGACUUUUCACGUAUAACUAUUACAUCUCACUAUUUAAUUCCACCAUUCCUAGAUGAUUCUAAAGAAUAUUUAUCCUUACAAAUUGGACACGAUAGAAACGAAUCUAAGAUCAGAGGGAUAGGGCCUACAAUUUCUCCCAUAAAGGACCCAGAAUCCGAACUAGCUGCAAUGGCUAAACAAGGAAGUAUGGUUGUGAAAGAAAGGAAAUCGAAAAACGAAAGGGGCAGACAAGCUAAAGAGAGAUCCAGUCUUACUGGUACGGCAUUGGGAAAUGUAUUGGGUAUUGAAACCGACGAUAAAUCGAACGGUAACAAUGAAAAAUUACAUGAAAACAAAUUCUCAGACGAAAACGAGGAAGAGGUCCAGGAGGAAAACUUAUCAAUUCAAGAACAGAGACGUUCUUUGCCCGCCUUUGCUGUCAAAAAGGAUUUAUUAAGAACUAUUGCAGAAAACCAAGUAACUAUUGUGAUAGGGGAGACAGGUUCCGGUAAAACUACACAAUUAACUCAGUACUUAUACGAUGAGGGAUUCGGCUCGAAUUUAGAACAACUGGGCAAAAAAAGGAUGAUAGGUUGUACUCAACCACGUCGUGUGGCUGCUAUGUCUGUGGCAAAAAGAGUUAGCGAAGAAAUGAAUUGUAAGUUAGGAGACGAGGUAGGAUUUGCGAUUAGAUUCGAGGAUAAAACUAACCCCCGUAAGACAGUGAUAAAAUAUAUGACAGAUGGUGUUCUAUUAAGAGAAAUAUUAAUGGAUCCUGAUUUAGAAAAGUAUUCCUGUAUCAUCAUGGAUGAAGCACACGAAAGGUCCUUGAAUACUGAUGUGCUAUUAGGACUCUUUAAAGUACUUUUAACAAGAAGAAAGGACUUGAAAUUAAUUGUUACUAGUGCAACUAUGAAUGCUGAUAGGUUUACAAGAUAUUUCGGAAAUGCCCCUCAAUUUACCAUUCCAGGAAGAACCUUCCCAGUUGAUGUAUUAUUUAGCAAAGGUGGAUGCACGGAUUAUGUUGAGACAGCUGUUAAACAGGUUUUAACUAUUCAUUUGCAAAACAGUGCAAAAUACAAUACUAAUGAUGGUGAUAUUUUAGUUUUUAUGACUGGUCAAGAGGAUAUAGAGGUUACAUGUGAAUUACUUCAGGAAAAACUUGACUCAUUAGAUAACCCCCCGCCUUUAGAUAUCUUUCCCAUCUUCUCUACAAUGCCUGCAGAUUUACAAAAAAAGAUAUUUUACAAGACGAACUUAAAAAGGAGAAAGGUUGUUGUGGCCACGAAUAUUGCAGAAACUUCUUUAACAGUCGACGGUGUUAAAUAUGUCAUUGAUACGGGGUUGGUAAAGUUAAAAGUUUAUAAUCCGAAAUUGGGAAUGGAUAUGUUGCAGGUAAUUCCAAUAUCUAUGGCAAAUGCUCAACAACGUAGUGGUAGAGCCGGGAGAACCGGCCCUGGUGUGGCGUAUCGCUUAUAUACUGAAAGGUCUGCUGAAGAACAAAUGUAUUUACAACCCAUUCCCGAAAUACAAAGGACCAACUUGAGUAAUGUCAUGUUGCAAUUAAAAUCCUUGAAGAUCGAGGAUGUUCCAAAUUUUCCAUUUUUAGACCCGCCUCCGAAAGAUUUACUCAGCUGUUCACUUUAUGAUUUGUGGAGCAUAGGUGCUAUUGAUAAUUGUGGCGAAUUAACUCAAUUGGGUCAGUCUAUGUCUAAGUUUCCAAUGGAGCCUACGUUGGCCAAGUUAAUCUUGUUAUCCUGCGACCCAAAGUUUCAUUGCUCAGAAGAAAUUAUAACUAUAGUAGCUAUGCUAUCAGUACCAUCAGUUUUCUAUAGACCAAAAGAAAGGGCAAAUGAAGCAGAUGCAAUUCGUGAGAAGUUUUCAAUAUCGGAGUCAGAUCAUUUAACUUUGCUUAACAUUUAUAAUCAAUGGAAAUCACAUUCAGAAAAACCACAGAUGAACAUGAAACGAUUAACAAAUUGGUGUACUAGAAACUUUUUCCAUAGCAAGUCAUUAUUAAGAGCUAGAGACAUUAAGAACCAAUUAUUACUUAUUAUGGAAAAAAGUAGACUAAAACUCUUAAAGUCAAGAUCAGACGAAGAUAUUAGAAAAUGUCUUUGCGCAUCUUUCUACCAGCAACUGGCUAAGCUAGUAAAGAUUAAUAUUGGUAAUACUGGAAAUUCAGAAUAUAUUCAUUUGCGACAUAAUUAUAUGAAAAUGUAUUUGCAUCCGACAUCAGCUUUGAAUGGGGGAACUAGUAUGGCACCAGCAUAUGUUGUUUAUCAUGAAUUAAUUUUAACCAAUAAGGAAUAUAUGAGCUGUGUUACUAGCGUGGACCCCUUAUGGCUAUUAGAGUUUGGAUACAUAUUUUUUGAGGUCUCACCUAAGGUUCAAGCUAGAAUCACUGAUCAUAUUGAUUUUAGCUUAAUGGAUCCAGCUCAAUUAAAAAGAUCUUUGGAAGAAGAUAGGGUAAAAUACCAAGCUAAAUUGCAAGAGAAGAAACUUAAAAAGAAGAAUAAUAAUAAUUGCAGUAUAAGCAAAAGCAAGUUCAAUAAAAGACGAGCGUUUUAG